CCGUAAGCGAGGUGUUUGAACAAUAGCUAAUAAGUAAAUAUGACUCUCGUAUUUCUACCAAAUAUGACUGGCUGCUGGAAAUGCCACCACCAAUUAUUUACACUACUGUCCCCAAUCUACCGCUGUUUUUAAAUGAUAGAAGCUCGUAUGUUGUGGAAAUUUUUAAGACGAAACUGAACCUGGACGAGUAUUCCUCGAUGCCACAAUCAUUGGCAGAGGACGAAGUUCCUAAACAAAGCAAACGAAAGACAAAGAGAAGAUGCAGCUCUGCAAACCAGACACAUGAAGAAAGGAGAAAUUCGAGUAGAGAAGAUAGCCCAGUUCGUGAUGUUUCUCCGGGGUGCAACCGGCAUCGACAUCAGAAGCAGAAGCUGCAUAGAGUCAUGGUUCACGCAACUGCUGAAGGACCAUUAUCUCCCACAGCUGGAUCACAGCGCACUCAUGCGGAUGAAAAGCAAUAUGAAGCACUGGUCAAAGAGGUCCAAAGGCUCACAACUGAGAAUCAACAACUGGCACAGAAGGCAGCUAUUACUGAUUCUGGACAUCAGCUAUAUGAAGAAGCCUUUCGCAGGAAGAAUGAGCAAAUAGCAUCUUUACAGGCACGCCUCAGUCGGUAUGAGAAACACAAGCAAGAUUUGGAACGACAGCGAGACUCACUGCGAGAGCAGCUGGAGGAUACUCGCCAAAAAAUGGAGCAGUCAGUUUUUGAAUCUACACAGGCAAAAGAGUCGGAGGACAUUUCCAUGCUGCAGGAGCUGGUGGUCAGACUCAAUGCAGAGCUUGAACGUUACCAGCAGAAAUUCCACAAGCUUGGUGUGGAAAUACCAUCACAGCGACAAGACACACCACAUCCUCCAAGGGAUGUAUCCCCUGAGACCUGGGCUAAGGUUAGCCAUGGUCUGCUGGGGCCUUUGCUGAAAGCAUACUCAGAAACUAUCCAAGAGAAGGAUGAUCUUGCACGCAGUUAUGAAAAGGACUUGGCACAACUUAAUGCUCAUUGCAGAGACCUUGUUUCAGAAAAUGAGCAGCUGUAUGCUGAACUUGAUGAAACUACUAGAAAGAUGAAUACUGCUGCAGCAGAGGCAAAAAUCCUCCAGCAAGAUACUGCUCUUGUACAAGAGCAGAAUGAGUUGCUGACAGGACAGCUUGAUGUACUUAAACAGAAGCUACAAGAGAUCCAUACUACAUAUCAACAGAAAGUUGCAUCAUUGACACAUGACCUGGAGGAAGUCUGUCAGAAAUACCACAGUUGCAGAGGAGAUUUAUUGACAUUACGUGGACAGCACUCUGUGCUGCGAGAGGAAUAUGAUCGCUUGAAAUCUGACCUGGAUGGGAGAGUACCAUUCUCUGUGCACUCUGCAUCUGUGUCCGAGUGUCGUAGGUUGUUUGAAGACCUACGUGCGAGGUAUGAGACUGACCGCCAGCUUCUUAAUUCAAGAGUUCGUGAAUUACAGCAGCAGAUAGGGCAUAUGGAAGGACAAAUUGCUCAAGGCCAAGCAGAGAAGGCACGAUUGCAGACUCAGGUUACAACAGCAGAGGCCUCCAUCAGGAAAAUAGAAACCCAGUUAGCAGAAGCACAAGCUGAGUUGGUCACUACCCAGGCAGCACGCGAUGCAGCCAGGCGGCAGCUUAAUAAAGCCAUGAAGUUUGCUGAGGAAUUGGUUGCAGAGCAAGAGUCACUGAUGCGGCAGCUGCAGCGCAAGCAACAGGAGACUCGCUCAAUGGCUGAAAUUGGUUCCACCAUUGUCAGCCGUAUGGGAUCACUUAAAGAUAAGCUUGAGUCAGUCCAGAAAGGAGCAUGGCAGGAACUUGACCAAGUUGAACAACGUAUAAGGCAGCAGCAAGAAGGAGUUACACAAAUGAAGCAAGACUAUCAACGUGAGUUAAUGAGAUUACGUACAUUGCUGCAACAAAAGGAAACUAUCAUCAGCCAGCUGCAGUUUGAAAAAAGCAAAGCAGAAGAAAGCCUGGAACUGAUAUGGCAGAAAGGGAACACGGACAACUCCCCAAAAGAUUCCUUGAAACAUGUCAAUUUCCUUCCUGAUACAGAUGAUGCUUUUCAUAAUAGUAACAGUUAGCUGUUGUAGCUCUCAUAAUUAUGCUUUGUUUGUAUCAUAAUAUAGUCAUAAUAAAAAUGUCACAUUUGCUUUUACAUCCUAGUCAUUUUAAGAUUUGUGAUAUUUGAGUGAGCAGUUAAGCACAAUGCAUAUUAUUGUGAAAAUCUUAUACCAAAGAAAAUAAGGUUUAUUUAAAUCACUUGUUUACAAAUUUGAAUAUUUCAAGCUCUAUGUACAUCAGUAUGAUCAACUGAAUUGUUUAGAACAGUUUAACUGUAUUGCUUUCUUUCUCAAACUGUAAAUUUUUUAAGCUGACAGCUAAUCUUACAAAGAGUGUUAAUUCUUUAAACAUGGUGUCUGUUUACUACAAGUAAGAUUAAUUACUUAGGGAUUGUUUAUGUUUAGUACUUCCUCAGUUUUUCAAUAAGCAGUACACUCCUUCCCUUUUCUUCUCAUGUACUUCCAUUUUGAUUUUCCUUUUGAAAUCUCCCGCACCACCACCAUGAAUUACCAAAUGAAUGUUGGUAACACAUUCCUGAAACAGUAGAAUGUUUGCCUAUCCAGCAUAUCACAAUUCUUGCAUGUUGACAGAAAAUAUAUCAUAGUCAAAGAAGCUGCAGAAGAUUGAUGGAAUCAGGCUGUGGGAUGUGUAGGUUGGACCAGUUAAUAAUAAGAAACAUUCUCUGAGUGUGGUAGUGAAAGCAUCUAUUCAGCAGGAGACUUAGAGGAAACAAAUAAGAACUGCAGAGGAGCUGGAGAAUCUAUAGACCAACAAAGAAGAAACUAGAAUGAAGGUUUUCAUGACAGUAGUACAUUGCUGCCAGUAAACCUUUUGAGGUAUGAGGUUGUGGUCCACGAAACUCUUCUGUUUCUAUCAUUUUGCGCAGAACUGUGCUGAACAUUCUCAAAGGAAUUGCAUCACAUUAAGUCUGCAAGAGUCAACAGAGGAGCAACACCUCUGUUAGGAACAGAAGAGUUUCAUGGACCAUGACCUUAUACCCCAAAAGGUUUGCCAGCAGCAAAGAAGAAACUGGCUCAAACAGAUAAUACAAAGAUAGUAAAAAUGCAAAUGAUAAGUGGCAGUUAUUCAGAGGGUUUGCAAAAGAUUCCAGAUGUGUCACAUUGGUCAUAUGUGUGCUCCACAUGCUAAUAGCUGCAAGAAGAAAAACUAAGAGAACUUAUUCACCUUAGUGGGGAUUGACUCCACAGGUAAAAUCAAUUCAAACCUGGUAUAUUAAUUGUAAACAGCAGCAUUUUCACUGCUGUGUAGUCCAGAAUGCAGAUGAUUUUCCAAAUAUGUUAUGUAUUUAUUUAUAAACAUCUUCAGAUAAAAUAAGUAACUAAUAUUUAGUGUAAAAUGAAACAAUUGAAAAUUCAGGAUGGUGUAUGAUAUUUUAUGUUGGGUUUAGUUUUCUUCUCAGUUUUUCAGUGAGAAUGUUUUCUCUUUGUGGCAACAAGUAAAUUUGUACAAGACUAGGUAACAGGCUCAAAACAAGAUAUUAUGUUCACCAUAUUCAUGUACACAGUUUUGUGUUUCAUUAGAACUGGUCCAUUAGGAAUCUUGAGAAAUGAUUUUUUAACUAGGGAGGAAGAACCCAUUAUUUCAACAAAGGUUGUACUCGUACAAUAAACAAUACAUCAGAGACCCAGCUCAAAGUGUCUGAGACACAUCAAUGUCAGUUAAAUCUGAAUUUCAUUAGGAAUGUCUCAAACACAUGACUGUCUUCCAUAGAGUGAGGACUCGGUUCUUUGAGAUGUUUGUGGCACAUUACUUUACAUCUUCUACCUUACCUUUGUGUUCUUGGAGGCCAACCUUACUAAACUUGGUUUCAAUGAGAAACCUACAUAUAGGCUGUGGUUAAACAUUCUUUUCCAUAUGUUUCUUGGGGGUAUUAGUCUUGUGAGAGAGCCUCGCUGAAGUUUGGAAAAGUAGAAGAGAGAUUGCAGCAAAAUGAAGCUCAGUGUGUUAGCUGUGUAGGUGGUUGAUAGUUAUUUACAAAAUUUAAAGAUCUGGAUUUGGAACUCAGUUCUUCUUCUUCCUGCACCUUCUGAAGGUUGUCUUCUUGGUUGCUUCUUACCAUUUGAAAUUAAUGAAAAACCACUUUGGUCCAUAUGUCAUCCAUUCACUUGGCCACAUGCCUUACCCAUUCCAAGUCUGUUCAUCAAUUGAUGUAUUUAUUUUUCUUUACACCUAGCAAUUCCAAAUGUGCAUCUUCCAUUACUAACAUUCAGCAUUUGAAUAAAUUUAGCAUCAGUUGUAUAUACGUCACUAUCAAAAAUCUAAACUGGUAAUAUAAACUGUUUGUAAAGUUUCCUUCUCAGACUCAUGGUAAGCUAAGAUUUGAAAACACUAUACAGUUUACAAAAAGCAUUCGAUGCAAUUUUUAUUGUCCACCCAGUCUUCAGUUGCCCAAAAUACAAAAAUUCAUUGAAUGGUUCAGUGACUUCAUUGUUGAAUUGUACUAUUUUCUUUUAGAGGUGUAGAUUACACAUUAUUUUAGUCUCAUAAUAACUGAUUUCUACCAUACUCUCAGACUUGUUCCAUUAACUUAUUCCAUUUGUAGUUGAAAUUUAUCUGCACUAAUGGCAAACAGCAGAAUUUCAUCAUCAGAAUGAAAGUAAUGAGACUUCUUGCAUUAGCAUAAAUUCUUUUUUUCUUUCCAGCUUGCGAAUCUUUAAACUUCCUCGUGAUAAUAAUUAAGGUGAUACGGAACAUCCUUGCCUGACUCUUCUUUCAGUCAUAAAUUUUCAUUAUCCUGAUUCAGUUUGAUAGAAGCAGUAGCAUUGAUUUAGAUACAUUCAGUAUACUAGCUCUGUAAUCUAGUCGUAUGUAAUUACUAUUUGGUUUCAACACAGUUUUAGUCUGAUUAGAAUGUUUGUAAAUAAAUUGUUUUACAUUGACAUGUAAUUAUUGCACUAUAUUAACUUCUCUUAUUGUUACUAAAUGGUACAAGAUUCAAGGAGUAUGAUAAGAGCACAUCUCCAUUUUGGAAUAUGAUGGAGAGAAUUAUCCGUAUUAGAAAUUCUUGAAUUCUUUCUGCUUUACUCUCCCACCGUACCAUUGCCAACACUUCUUUUUCCUCCUUGCCUUUUUCAUAUUUCAGUGUCCAUACUUGGUGAAUUACAGUGCCUGCAGCCAUUUAUGUGCUGUUCUCUGUCAUGAUUCGACAGAAAUGAUCAAAGAUUUAAAAGUUUUCACUGAACGCAGCACCAUCCUUCCCAAGCUGCCACUGCUGUUCAUUCAAGAUAAACGGGGGUCUGUGCCCAGCAAAUCCUCAUUAGCUUCUUCAGAAGAUUUACUAUUAUUAUUAUUAUUAUUAUUAUUAUUGUGGACUCCUCCAUGUUGCGCUUUCCAAGAAAUUAGGAAGAUGUUUUUGCAUAGAAUUUAGUUUUGUGUAUCACUUGUACUUUUUGCAUGGAGUGAGUCUGUUAAAGUAGUUAAGACCAAUUUUUCUCUUUGCAGUUACUUGCAAUUUAAGGUUUUCUCAAUAGUAUGGCUGUUUGAAGAAAUCACAGAUGUGCAGCCAAGUGUAAUCAAUGAAGGCAGCAGUGGGAGGGGGAGGAUUGUGUAGGUUCAUAAUCUGAAACUUUCAACAGUUAUAUCUGGCUGUACUACCAUAGUUUCUUCAGGCACCUAUAACACUUCUAAAACUAGGAUUAGAAGAACAAUGAUGCAGAAUGAUUAUGAGUCCACAGAAAUUGUAAAUGUGUAUGAUGGAUGUGGGGAAAGGAGAAACAACAGGACAAAGGGAGAACCAGAAAGAAUCAAGAGUGAGGCAAGUAUGAGAAAAUUUUAGAAGUACAGAAACUACUAAGUUCCUAAAAAGUCUUUGGUUUGUUCUUAUAAGUAUUUUGAGGCAUUUGACAGUUUGAUAUGAGAGCAGAUGUCUUAAAAAUGGAGUCCUAAGGUAGCAGGGGUAGAUGGGCACACAGGAAACAGAAAGGGGGAAGGGGGGGAAUAAUUAGUGGUGCAGAAAAUACUGCUGAAGUAUGGCAAUAUAUAGCUGGUUCAUCCCUGUUGCAAAUGAAUGGCAUCUAUGCCCAUGUGACAUUUUAUGUCUAUCAGUUUGCUAGGGAAUAUCUGGAGAGAAGGCAAGUCCUACAAAUCACAACCAUUUCACAUCAAAUAAAAGAUAAGACCACAGAAAUAAUGCCACGGUAGAAAAAUUAUGUACAGGUACUGAGUCUGUACCAGAAAAUUUGAUUUCCAUAAAACUCUCUCUUCAAAGAUUGUCCUAGAUACCUAUCAAUGAGAAAUAUGAUAUGCAGUCAUGUUGCAGAUUCCAAACCAAAGUGACUGUUGCCAAAUACAGCUGGAUUUUAUGAAAGAUAUAUUCCAGUACAUGUAGUACUUGCUAUCUCAGCUUCUCAUCCAUUCACCUUGACAGAACAAAGUCACGUUUAUAAGCUGACUACUACACAAGUUGUGCUCAGUUUCUUUGUAUUUUGAUAAUACUUUGUGUGAACUAUCUUAAAUAACCACUACUAACAUUAUUUCAUUUCUCUUGAUGUUAGUGUUUUAUUGCUUCUGCAUUUCAGCAGUUCGGCACUGUAGGAUAUGCAUUUUGUAGUGGUUUCUGCUAUUUUUUAAUUUGAUUACUAAUAUUAGCUUAUUGAACAGAAAUUUAUUUGAUGGGAAUUUGAUGUUCUUUGUAAGUGUAUAAUUAUUAAAAAAGUAAUGCCUUAUGCCUCAGUAUCAUACAGAUAAAAUAAGGUUCAUUCCUUCAUAGAUACAUGUAAACCAAUUAUGACCAAAAAGAAAAGAUCACAUUUUCUGAAGUAAUCUGCGGUACCAUAAUACAUUGUUAUGGACCUGUGCUCUGAUGUUGUAUCUCACAGAAAAUUGAGAAACUGGAGUAAGCAAACGUUAUUACUGAAUGUAAUAAAUGUCUCACAAGGAGAAAAUGGCCUGAAAUGAAAUUGCAGUCAAAUAUAAAGGUAGAAAAAGUGUCUGCUUACAGGUCACAGCAGAUAGAGUGAGUGAUAUUUAAAAAAAAAGAAGCUUUUCUAGCUUUUGGAACCUUCCUUUUCUUUCUUUUAUAAUGAAAAAGAGUAUGUGGAAUCAAACAUUGGAGACUCCAGGUAGGAAUAUCAACAAUGAAGGAAAAGAUAGAUUGCUACUCACUAUAAAGAAGACACAUAAGCUGCAGGCAGGCACAAUUAAAAGACACUUACAUAGAGCUAUCAGCCACAGCCUUCAUCAGCAAACACACACCAUUUACACACAAGAGCAAGCACACAUCAUGCACACAUGGCCACCAGCUCCAGCAUCUUGGUUUGGAAUGGCAAAUAGUAAUCUAUCAUUCCCUGCAAGGGUGAAAAGAGUCUUUCGGUCAUUUUAGGUUGUUACAUAUCUUUCCUCCCAUAUAGAAACACAGUUAAAUGCAUCUUGGCUAUCAACUGUAAACUGUGUGAUUUGAAGACCUGCAACAGAGCAGCACUCCUUUAUGCAACCCAUCACACUGUCGAGUAUCACAGUUUUAAACCUCAGAAGCUACUAAUACUUCAAUUAAAAUAACUUUGAGAGUGUGCAUUUCACCUUAUUGGCUCUUUGUUGAUAUACACAGAGCCUUGUUAAGUGUGACUGGCUGCACACUGGCAACAGUAUGCCAUGCCACUUCAAUCUGUCAGUCAUAAAACAUCUCUUUUUUAUUUCUUUAUUGUAGUUAUAAACCACAAAAAAGAUGUGUUCUUCCCCAGCCCCUCCCUCCCUCUCUCUCUCUCUCUCACACACACACACACACACACACCAUCCCUCCCUCCCUCCUUCCGCCGUCUCUUCCCCUUCUUUCGAUGAAUGAAGAAACCCUUGAUUCCAAAAGCUAGCAAAAGGUGGGCAUUUUUUUCUGCUAUUAUCUGCCUGAAAUGUCAUAUUAGGCCAAUAUUUCAGUUCAGAUCUCAUUUAUAGUAUAUAUUAAAGUUAUUGAUCAACUUAAAAUUUUAUAAUUGUGAGCUUCCAUUAACAUAAAUUUUAUAUAUACUAUAUUGCUCCAUAAAGCUGGCAAUAAUUAUGGUUGUGUAUAGAACUAUAAAAUUUUAUUCCAUAAAUUUGUGAAAGUAAUUUUCACAACACAAAAUUUUGUGUGUUUUUAUAUGAUCUUAAUUUUGUUUCAUGAAAGAAUA